AUGACUUCCGUGUGCUUGAGCAAACACGACAUCAACAUCCUUGAGAAAAUCAAGGACCCUGAGUCCAACCCAUAUGCCGGCAUCGUCCUUGACUCUUCACUGCCCCGCGAUCCAAACAUCACGGAUGCCAGUGUGUACGAGCGGGUAGUGGAAAAAGAGCGUGAAAUCAUCCGUUCUAUUCAAAGCCUUGAGGCCCAACUCAAGAGUCUCUCGGCCGAGGAAGCUAAAGAUGUCGCCGUCAAAGGUUAUCAGCAAAGCCUUUCAGCAGUAGAGGGUAUGAUUUCUGAGUACCCCAACUAUGCCAGCGCCAGAAACAACCGCGUCCAGAUCCUGAGGCGAUUAUAUGGCGAUGCCAUGCUGCUGUCGGAUAACAAGGACAACUCUAUGCCUUUGAUCGAAAAUCCCGAUCAAACUGAAAGAAAAAAGGCUGUCACUACAGCUUUGGGGGAUAUGAAGGUCUCAAUCACCCUGCUUUCCCCACCGUCAACAACAACACCCAUUUCCCCACAGGUUGCACGCACUCUAUCAAUGGCCCACACCCAACGAGCUGCAUUAUAUCUCAAGACAGCCAGGCUAUUGCCGACACGUUCCCUGGAUAUUGAGGAGGCUCUCGACGAAUCCAGGUGGGAAAGACUGGACUUUGAGGAGGCUGCGUCUCGGGACCUCGCAUUCGGAGGAAGAUAUGGCAACCCAAUUGCAAAGGGCUUGGCUGUUAGUGUCAACCCAACAGCCAAGCUUUGUGGACAAAUUGUGCGAGAAGCAAUGAAGAAGGAAUACGGUCCAUCAUUUGGUGGAUAG